GAAACAGAGCAAAAGAUGCGCCUACAGGAUAUGCGUUGUGUAUUUUAUCUGCUCCUCACCUCUGCCUUGUGGAAUGCAUGGAGCGUGCAUUGCACAGUCACGGGAGAUAUUCGAGUCAACCCUCAACUAAGAACUACCGCCAAGAAAGAUGAUUUCGCAUUGUGCAAGCUCAAAAAAGCUGGGAUGCACUUUGAAGUCAUCUGCCAUCCAGGCAUGAUUCUCAAGUUCCGAGAAGGACUUGUCUCAGACGUCAUGGACGUGGUUGUGUCCAGUGACAUCUUUAAGGACGCGAAGACAAGGAUGCAUCGAAGUCAUGUGGACAUCGUGAGUGCCUUCGGGAAGGAGGACAUUACAUCUUGUAUCAAAGAGAUCUUGAUGGAAGGAGAGUAUCAGCACACUGCUGAGGAGAGGAAGCGACAGAUGGAGGAGAAGAUGGAGGAAGUUGCCGCCUUCAUCUGCCAAAACUUUGUCGAAACUCCAUCGCAUCGUGCGUACAGCAUGGAAGAGAUGAUGGAGAUUUUAGAGAGUCAUCCUAACUUGAAGUUCAACCCGAUGAGGUCAACCGAGUAUCAAGCGAUGGAAGUUGUGAAGCAGCUGCAGGAGGACGUUCCUAUCGUCCCCUCCUACAAGUCCGUCGCAUGCACAGAGAAAUUCAAAGAUUUUUGUCACGCGUAUGUAGAGGAUUGUAAGUGAAUGAAUUGGGACGAGGGAGUGAA